AUGUCUCAAUCAGUCGACAGCAAGAAUGAUGCUCCAGUUGAGGUGGCAGCUGCUUCGGCGAGCAAUCCCGUUCAAAUCGUCUUGACCCCCCCGACACCAAUAAUACCCACUACGACAAAUAGCCUUGCCCGCCGCGGGGAGGAUACGCACAAAGAGGUUCACCGCCUUCCUGAUGUAUCCGAGGCGAAGGAGGUUGUAGAAAAGACCGAUUUUUCUGAUGAGAAGCAAGUUUAUGAUGGGACUACGACUCGUGAUGAUAAAGAGGUUUAUGUAGCGGAUGUGGGGAAGAAAGUUUAUGAUGGGGUUGAGAAGGAGGUUCAUAACUUGACGCUUCACGAUGGACAUGAUGAGAAGCAACUCUACAACCCAAAUGGCCAACACGGCCAAUAUGAACCGGAAAAAGAGGUUGUCCAGCCAGACGGCAACCCGUUACAUAAUUCCAACAGUACACCGGACCAGCGAAGAGAAAGUGUCUCCUCCACAUCCACCGAUUCAAAGUCUCUGAACAAGUUCUGCUACAAGCGGCACGUCAACAAAUUUAACGAAGCUAUCGACAGAAAGAACAAAGCCUGGACAGACUUCAUCAACAACUCGACAGAGAAAAUGGACAAUUCAAGAAGGGUGUUUGAGGAAAGUACCAUGGCUAAAAUGAGUGCGCUGGACAGGAGCAUUAGCGAUGGCGUGGAUCGUGCUGGGAAGGGUUAUAAUUCGACAAUGACGAGUUGGAAGACGGGUAUGGCCAACAAGAAAGCACAGAGUGUGAGUAGCAUGAAGAGCCUGGGGUCGAAGUAUCAAAUUGGCGGGAAGUGCAAGGAGGCGAAAGAAGAGAAGGCAAUCAAGGAGGGGUAG